AUGGCGUUCCCUCUACCGCGAGGCAUUACUCCUCCAGAAAUUGCGUUCUUAUGUGAAAUGGAAAUGGUUACUGUCAUUCCGCGGCAGCGACUAGAAAAGCUUGAAUUGCUUGGAGGACUCGUACCCCCCCUUCUACCACCACGACGAACGAACCUCCCGCUCUGGUUAGCUCUCCUCCUCAAGCGACAACGGCGCGCAAACAUCCUCCCUCCCCUAUGGCUAAAUCCCGAAGCACUCUCUCUCAUUCUCGAAGUAGAGACCGACCGCGACUCCCUCGGGGACGCGUUCUCCCCGCCCCCACCUCUCACACCCAACAACCCCAAAGACAGAGAUAAUAUAACGGGGAACCGAAGUAAUGGCCCUCCGGCACCUCAAUAUACACUAGACGGGCAACCAUAUUACCCGACUCCACCAUUCCUACUACAGAAUAACGCAGACGAUAUGACGACUACCUCCUCCAUGACAAGCCCUUCUUUACCAUAUCACUGGUUGGAGCUUGCGACAAUGCUGUUAGACGUCGCGAGCGAUGACUUAGUUGAAGCGGACCAAAUACGCCGGUUAAUAAGAGAUUUGAGGGAGGUACGGCUAGCGAAAAUGAGGAUUCAAGUCGAAGGGCUGGACGCAACUGCUGUAGGUGGUGGGGAUGGAUUGCCACUAACUGGCGUGGGCGCUAUGGAAAUUGGUGAGAGUAGGGGGUUUAUGUCUGGUGUGGCGGAGACGUUUAGGCAAAUCGGAGCUUCGAAAGAAGAAGCUGCGCGAGAACGGGAAGCCGAAGAAGCUGCAAAUACACAGUACGAUGAAACGAAUGAUGAUUAUGAUGACAUGGAAUUAUAA